AUGGAUCAAGAGAUGCGCUGUUUCCACAUUGAGGCACGUGUCUCCUCGGUCCAGUCACGUGAAGAUUCACGUGCCUUUACUCUUAGCUUGAGCCUCAGUUCCUCGUGGUCCUCUCUCUGUCCUAUAAAUUGAGAGCCUGUAUCUUACAUCCUAGACACACAGUUGUUUGUGAAUCACUAGCUCAUUCAUCACAACUCGCCGCACUCACCAACCUACCCAGCUACUUUCCUUCUAAUUUUCAUGCCAAACCCUUUUUCUUUCUUUUAUGAGAGACUCGAUCAUCCUCUAUCUUUACUAGCUAGCUAGAUCAUCAAUUCCUUUCUAGUAAUUUGUUUAUAAUUAUUUCUCAAUUUGCAUCUGUUCGAUCUUAUAGACAUACAUAUCUCCUAAACAACACAUAGAGAUUUUUUUUAAAAAAAAGUUACAAGUAGAAAGUUUUGGCAAGAAUCGAAGAAAGUGAGUGAGAGCAAAGAAUCUUCAUCUUUCUGCAUGUUGCGUACAGAAUCUUUAAAGCGAAAUCCUGCUUACGUUAACCCACGACGCUGUACCAAGAUUUUGUUCUCUUCUCUAGAGCUUCCCAAGAUUCUUGCUUUCCCUCAUCCACCACCCCCACUACCGAAUAACUCAUCAUCGUACGCCACACACAUGACACAUGACAUGCAUGUAUCUUCAUUAAUUCCUUAGCGAAACCACACGUACGCUAGCUAUUUUUUUAAUUAUUUAUUCUUAUCUUGGUCUAUUAAUGGCUGUCAACAACAACAAGCUUGUUCUGUUAACAUUCACCAUAUGCCGUUUAAUAGUAACGGUGGUCCCAGAGCUGCUCGAUUUGGGACUCCAGGGUCGUCUCAGCGUUGACACGUGGGAACUGGAGGCGGCUUCAGUGGAUUUCGGGAGGCUGAGUAGAGGGGAGCCUUCGGAGGUGGUGCACCCUGCCACGGCAGAGGACGUGGCUAGGGUGGUGAAUGCAGCGUUCGAGUCCCCGUUCGCCGUGUCGGCCAGGGGGCACGGACAUUCGAUAAACGGGCAAGCCCUUAUAAAAGAGAAGAAAGGGGUGGUGAUUGAAAUGGGAAAAAGUGAUAGUGGUGACAACAACGAUCACAAUGGUGAUAGUAAUAUUAUCAGAGUGUGUGAGAAAGGAAUGUAUGUGGAUGUGUGGGGUGGGAAGUUGUGGAUAGAUGUUUUGAGUGCAACAUUGGAGUAUGGGCUGGCUCCCAUGUCUUGGACCGAUUACUUGUAUUUGUCUGUGGGUGGAACCCUAUCCAACGCUGGAAUUAGUGGACAAACCUUCAAUCACGGUCCUCAGAUCACCAAUGUUUAUGAGCUCGAUGUCGUUACAGGAAAGGGUGAGCUGGUGACAUGUUCAGAAGAUCGUAACUCGGAGUUAUUCCAUUCUGUUCUUGGUGGUCUUGGACAAUUUGGAAUCAUCACAAGGGCUAGAAUUGCUCUCGAACCAGCUCCUCACAGAGUAUGUGUUCGGUGGAUACGAGUACUGUAUUCAAAUUUUGCAAGGUUUUGUAAGGACCAGGAGUAUCUGAUAUCUCUGCAUGGGAAAGCAGCAAGGGAGAGAUUCGACUAUGUGGAGGGUUUCGUGAUAGUUGAUGAAGGGCUGAUCAACAAUUGGAGGUCUUCGUUCUUUGCAGCUAGUAACCCUGUUAAAAUCACUUCCCUCAACGCUGACGGAGGUGUUUUGUACUGCUUGGAGAUUACCAAAAACUACGACCAAGGGAACGCAGAUUCUGUUGAUGAGGAAAUACAAGCUCUAUUGAAAAAGUUAAAUUUUAUACCAACAUCGGUUUUCACAACGGACUUGCCUUACGUGGAUUUUCUGGAUCGUGUACAUAAGGCAGAGCUGAAGCUUAAAUCCAAGGGUUUAUGGGAUGUACCUCAUCCAUGGCUCAACCUUUUUGUUCCAAAAUCAAGGAUAGAGGACUUCGACAAGGGUGUGUUCAAGGGCAUUCUUGGAAAUAAGACAAGUGGGCCUAUCCUCAUAUACCCUAUGAACAAAAACAAGUGGGACCAUCGAAGCUCAGUGGUGACACCAGAAGAGGAUGUGUUUUACCUGGUGGCAUUUCUAAGAUCAGCAUUGGAUACUGAGACAUUGGAGUACCUAACUAAUCAGAACCGUCAGAUUCUGAGAUUCUGCCAUGAUUCAGAGAUCAAGGUGAAACAGUACCUACCCCAUUACACUACGCAGCAGGAGUGGAUGGACCACUUUGGUGAUAAGUGGACCCAAUUCAAUGCCAGGAAGAUGCAAUUCGAUCCCCGCCGAAUCUUAGGCACAGGGCAACAAAUUUUUCAAUUUCAUCCCUCCCUCACUCCCAACAAGGAUGAUAUGUAAUAUGUAGAAAGUAGAGCAAACAUGCAAAAUAGAUAAAUAAGGGAAGUGAUGAUGGGUUCAAGUUGAGUAGCAAGUCUAGGGCUUACAAAAUAAACAAGUGUUGUAUUAUUGUAAUUAGGAGUAAAUUACAAGGAGGAUCAUAGCAAAAAGAAAAAAAGAAUUACAAGGGUUUUUUCAAACGGUGUGGACAUGUAGUUGUACUACAUUAGUGAAGGAUCAAGAGUGGUUGAGUUGUUGAUG